AGGCGUGUUGAUAAGAGCGUGGGUUUGGAACAGUGCGAGGGGUCAGUGAUCGUGCUGUCGUUUCAUGCGGUUGCAUCACAAAUGGCUGUUCCACCGGUUAAGAAGAAAGUACAGGUGAAGAGUAAUACCUUGAUUGCUUAUAAUCCUACCAGUGCUCAAAAUGAUUGA